AAAUAAGAGAAAAAAUGUUGCUCGGAAGUUGUUGCGGUUGUGAUUUAAGUUUGGUAAAAGCUGGGAUUGCUGUGGGUUUGUUGGAUAUUCUUUCAAUGGUUUCACAAAUUCUUCUUAGAUGGAAACAUUUUUCCGAUGAUUUUUCAAUUAUCAUGAUAUCCAUUGGAAUCUUCUCAAUUGCCAUGAUUUGUGCUAUAAUCCUAAUCCAUGGAAUUAUUCAAAUGAAUAAAUCACUGCUGCUUUAUUGGAUGGUUGUCGCAUUUGUUAGGAUUUUCCUUAUGUCACUCUUCUGUGGAAUGAUUCUCUACGUCAAACCCAAUGAGCAAUUUUUCUUUGGCAUGGAAGUAAUUGGAUGCUUGAUUUUAAUCUACAGCUUAUUACUAAUUUGGCAGCUUUAUUUUGAGAUGAAAGGAGGAGAUAGUGAGCAUACAAAUUUAUUGAAGGAUGAAGAAGCUAGUGUACAUUAGGU